UCAGUCAGAGAACUCCAUUUCCCGACAAGCCUUUGCGAUGACGUUCGAUUACCCAUGCAGCUAUUCGGUGCAAGGUUGGUGAGAGGAGCAUAGAGAAGACAGACCCAUACACACACAUUAUUACACUUGAAGCUUGUAGGUCUCCGUGCAUCAUGCUUGGCCAAGCCGUGCGCAGAUUCACCACCUCCGCUGUUCGGGCGUCUCACUACGCCGAGGGACCGGGACAGAACCUGCCCUUCUCUGUAGAAAACAAGUGGAAGCUUCUGGGGAUGAUGGUCCUGUUCUUCGGCAGUGGCUUUACCUUUCCCUUCAUUGUAGUUAGGCACCAGAUCCUGAAGAAGUGAUGCUCCAAGCUUGUCUAAUAUGGUCAUUGUGAACAGGUGUCCACGGCGGCUGUCUUCAUUCUUCAGAUGUGGUUCCCUUAAUGCUCAUUUGUAAAUAAAAUGAUAAUGUUA